AUGCUUCGUGAUUAUCAGCUGGAAGGCGUAAACUGGUUGUUGCAUGCAUGGACAAAGGGGAAUAGCUGUAUACUUGCGGAUGAAAUGGGAUUGGGAAAAACGAUCCAAUGCAUCGGUUUCUUGUCGGUACUCUAUCACAAGUACGAAUUAUAUGGACCAUUCCUGGUUGUUGUACCACUCAGUACAGUGGCUUCGUGGCAGCAUGAAUUUGAGCUUUGGGCACCGGAUUUGAAUGUUGUUAUUUAUAUUGGUGACGUAACAAGCCGUGAUUUGAUACGGCAAUAUGAAAUGUUUGUACAGAGCACAAAACGCUUAAAAGUGAACGUUGUUCUAACAACGUAUGAGAUUUUAUUAAAGGAUAAGUCGUUUCUUGGUUCGUUCGAAUGGGUUGCAUUGGCUGUCGAUGAAGCACAUCGUCUGAAAAAUCAUGAGUCGUUGCUUUAUCGUUCACUAUUCGAAUUUACAACCAGUCAUCGAUUGCUCAUAACGGGGACACCACUGCAGAAUUCACUGAAAGAACUGUGGGCUUUGCUCAGUUUCAUUAUGCCUGAAAAGUUCGAUAAUUGGUUGGAAUUCGAAGCGGAACAUCGUGAUUCCGACCACAAAGCAAUUGCUUCAUUGCACCGGAAACUUCAGCCGUUUUUGUUGAGACGCGUGAAAAAAGACGUUGAGCAAAUUCUCCGCGUCGAUAUGACAGCUCAGCAGAAGCAGUUUUAUAAAUGGAUACUAACCAAGAAUUACAAGGAGCUCUCGAAGGGUGUCAAAGGCUCAAUCAAU